AUGCCACCUCACCUUCUCCCUACCUCUCCGCUCUGGUCCCCUCGUGCUCCCCAUUCUGCUCUUUAUUUCGACAUCUCCCCCCUUCUGCUACACUACCCCCCCGCUCUUCCAGAGCUUCAGUUUUCACUCACCCUGCUUUGUCCCAGUGGUGCCUCAUCCCCCUCCGCCCUCCCAGCUAUGCCACCUCACCUUCUCCCUACCUCUCCGCUCUGGUCCCCUCGUGCUCCCCAUUCUGCCCUUCAUUUCGACAUCUCCCCCCCCCUGCUACACUACCCCCCCGCUCUUCCAGAGCUCCACUACGCCAUCUCACCUUCUCCUUGCCUCAUCGCUCUGGCCCACUCGCGCUCCCUUUUCUGCUCUCCACUUCGAUAUCCCUCCCCCCCCUGUUACAUUACCUCCCCGCUCUCCCAGAGUCACAGCCCUCACUCACCCUGCUCUGUCCCAGUGCUGCCCCAUCCCCGUCUGCCCUCCCAGCUAUGUCACCUCACCUCCUCCGUGCCUCUCCGCUCUGGUUCCCUCGUGCUCCCCUUUCUGAUCUACAUUUCGGCAUCUCCCCUCCCCCGUUACACUACCUCCCGCAACAUCCUGGGAAACCACGCUGCGCCGACCACCUUCCGCAACGACCCAGGCCUUAUCUACAUCGCGUUGGACGACAAGGUCGAGACAUGGACGUGCGCGCUCUGCGAUUUCACCUGUGACGCUGCCCUGGACAGUGCCAUGGUCCACAUUCAAUCCGAGCUGCAUGCUUCGCGCGGGAAGGCUACGGCCCACCGCCCGGCAGCCAAGGAGGCUUUUGGCCCCUGGCGCGCUCUCACUCUGCAGCAGAAGCCUAAGGUGGCUGCCUUCCUCCGUGGCUGA